GGUCGGACUCGGCGUCUCUCGGCUUCACUCGGAGGGGGGGCACUGUUGUCAUUCGUCAGGGCUGUGAGUCGAGCUUUUGUCCAGGAGAAAUGGCUGGGAUUAAAGCUCUCAUCAGCCUGUCCUUCGGGGGGGCCAUCGGCCUCAUGUUCCUCAUGCUAGGAUGUGCCCUCCCUGUGUACGAUAAAUACUGGCCUUUGUUCCUCCUGUUCUUCUACAUCCUGUCCCCCAUCCCGUACUGCAUCUCUCGGAGGGUGGUGGACGACACAGACUCGGCCAGCAACGCUUGCAAAGAGCUGGCCAUCUUCCUCACGACGGGCAUCGUCAUCUCAGCCUUCGGCCUGCCCAUCGUCUUCGCCAGAGCUGCUGUAAUCGCCUGGGGGGCGUGUGCGCUCGUGCUAACGGGGAACGUGGUGAUCUUCAGCACCAUCCUGGGCUUCUUCAUCGUCUUCGGAUCCAACGACGACUUCAGCUGGCAGCAGUGGUAAACCAGCAGAGUCUGAACUGUUUUUAUUAGCAUUGCAAUUAUUAUUAUUAUUAUUAUUAUUAUUAUUAUUAUUAUGGUAAAAACUGUUUGGUUCUUGUUGUUGUUAUUUAUAUGAUGACCGCCCAUCCAUAGACUCACACCCAACCAGUGCAAUACUUAGUUUUUUUUACCGCCUGCUUCAUGUUGAACUGACACAAGUGGGAUGGAGAAUGCUGACUUACAGUUGGAUUUGUACUUGUUUUAGUUUUGCUCUUGUGAAUUUUUUCUCCAUCUUUGUGUUUCAUUUGGAGCUGAUGAGCGCUGGUGAACAACUGCUUGUUUUAUCUGUGAACAAUUAUGUUAAAAUAACCCCAAUUGAGUGUGGAAUAAGACUUCAUCUGACCAAAGGGACAGGGUCAUACCUUUCUCUAUGUAGUAGAAAGCUUUUCCUACACCAGUCUAAGUGUAAAUUGCAGAAAACUGACGGAAAAUCUGCAUCACAUGAACUCAGAUUACACCACUCAUGAUGAGGAAAAGCUCUAUUUCCAUUUGUGUCGAAUUUGAUUCAAACUAAAAUAUCUUUUGUCACUUAAAAUGUGAUAUUCCUCUAAUAGAGUGCAGAUUUAAGUUAGCUUUGUGCUAAUGUAAUGCUACGAUCGCUAAGCUGUGAAAGUCUAGAAGCUCAGUGUGUGUUUUAGACUGUUACUGCUAACAACCCUUCUCAUCUCUACACCCUGUUACACGUUAUUCCGUUUUCUUUAUUUCUUUGGGACCAUGUUGGCAUUACACGUUCAAUCAUUUUAAUUUCUGCAAUCCAUAAAAGUCAUAAGCUGUCGCCACACAACACAAGUAGACGUUGUUCAGGAGCAGCAGUGUUUGUAUCCUCGUUCAACUUAGACGAGAGGAUUUGUUUAAACAGCCUCAGCACCACCGCAGAGAUCAAAUUAAACCGACUAGGUGAUCUCCCAGGCUGCUUAAAUAUUCACAAGUUAUUCUCAGCAUAGCUGUUUCCUCACUCUAAUGUCAGGUGAAGAAAGCAUGAGAAGCCACAUCUAGCGUACAGUAGUUAGGAUUAUCCUGAGGACAGCGAUUGAAACUGAGCCAAGCUAAGAACCGGCCGACUUAUAACCAGUCACUGACGGUCGCUAAGCUUUUAAACAGGACCCUCUUAAAAUAAAAGCAUCCAGCGUCUCUGCUCAGUGUAGUUUCCUCUCUCUAGAAGCACAUCCAGAUUUGUCGCACAUUUCCUCACACCAGCAUUUCUCAUGGUUUAUGAUUUCUAUGUUCUCCGGCCUGUGGGAAGGACAUGUGUGUAAUAAGUUGGCAGAUUACAGGUGUAGCUCUCCUGUUUCACUGCAUUAGGAAGAUAAACAAGGAAGUUAGGGUCUGGUUCCUUGUUUAAUGGAGGGUAAAGGGUCGGACAUUUUAAUUUUAAUUUUGGGAUGGUUCAGUUUGAAUAUGUGCCCUCUGGAAGACACUUUUAUUUUAUUUAAAUAAGGACUGAUGACUGACGAGAAUUUGUAUUGUGUCCAUAAUGUCAAAAUGAACAUUUGCUUUUGUUUGUAUGUGUUGUAGGCCAGCCCAGAUUUGUUGUUGUUAUUGUUUUACCGUGGGUUUGCAUGCACAGCAGAUUUCCAAUACAAGUUUAAUCCUGCUACAAAUAAUUUUUUUGUUGCAAAAAUGACAAAUGAUGGUCUUAGAGGGAUUUGUAUUAGCUUUCACCAUAAACAGUUGUUUGUCAAGAAAUAGUUAUAGCACAAACAUCACUCCAAAUCCAACAUUUGGCAUUACUGUAUCUCAAUGUCCUUAUCAAUAAACCUUAGAAAUGUUGAUAGGUGGUGUAAAAAAAUACAUUUGAUAGCUGUGUACUAGCUUUAUGCUAAGCUAAUCGCCUCCCGGUUCUAUACUUGAAGCACAGACAUGACAAUAUCUGUCUUCUCAUCUGUAUCACAUUUACAGCUACAAUUUAUAAGGAAGAACAACAAGUACAACUCUUAAUUGAACCACAUUAUUUCUCAAAUAAAUAACAAAUUCUAUGAGAAAAGCAUUGGAAAUCUGUAGAGGAAUCCCGCGGCUAAAAAUGCUAACUGACCCUGGGCCUGGCACUACAAUUCGGCAUUACUGUAACACUCCUCUUUAAUAUAUAUAUUUAUUCUGUUACGUGACUCUUCCAGAGAUCACCCCCUCAGUGAAGGCACUGAUUGUAUAAAAGCACCAUAAUAACCAUGGAAGCUUUUUCAUUUCCAGUUAUAUUUACCUACGUUAGUGAACAUUGAACACUACUGACAUGAUUUGUGUAAUUGUUACGUGACACUGAAUCUGAUGCUCUGAACAUCACGUCUGUUUAACGUCUGGAUGACACUGUGUGGAGUUUAAGCUAAAUGUGUCAAAUGUUCUCUGACUUUGUUCUGGUGUGUAGCGGUGGGACGGGUUUCUCUGUGUUCCUGUGAAGAGAAACUGAUUCGGGGAGGAUAUUGUAUUUAUUUAUUUUAAUAAGGAGCUUUGUGUCAACGAACGUCCAACGCCAUUUUCUAUCUACAAUGUUUCUGUUCAGUAGGCAGAAGUCAGCAUGGUGGUCUUCUUGUUUCUUUUUUUUCUUUUUUAAAUAAACGCCAUUUUUGAA